UCACCCUCCAGCAUGAAGGUCUCCGCAGCUCUUCUGUGCCUGCUGCUCACAGCAGCUGCCUUCAGCACCCAGUUGCUGGCUCAGCCAGCUGGGGUUAAUACCUCAACCAUCUGCUGCUACAGAUUCAUCAAUAAGCGGAUCUCCAUCCAGAGGCUGGAGAGCUACAGAAGAAUCACCAGCAGCCACUGUCCCCAGGAAGCUGUGAUCUUCAAGACCAAACUGGCCAAGCAGGUCUGUGCUGACCCCAAGCAGAAGUGGGUCCAGGAUUCCAUGCAGCACCUGGACAAGAAAAUCCAGAUGUCAAAGCUUUAAACACUCACACCUGAACUGAAGCCAAGCCAGUACCUGAGAAACACCUUUGUAUGCCCUAUCCUUUCCCAGAUGUGCUCUGAGAUUAUUUUAUUGUGGUUCUAAGGAAUAUGGGUUUUGUCUGAUGAUGUGAAUCAUAGUUUUUCUUAAGUAAUGUUUUAUCUUCUUGUAAGUUGUUAAUAUUUUAAUUUAAUGUGCCGUGGAUUUGGGUGGGUUUUAACUGUAAAGCUUGGAGACAGAAUGUCACCCUCAGUCCUUUGAAAACUGCAGGAUACUCCUCUCCUAUCUACCUCUCUGUGGUGUUAUGAAGUUCCUUGCACAAAUCAAUGCAAAGAUUUUUUUUUGGUUUUUGGGAAGUGAUGUCCUGAUGAAACCAUAAUGUUAUUAUAGAAUUGAAUGUUUUUAUUUGUAUGU